CGCCAGCGUAUAAAAGGGAGAGGCGCACUCCGAGCCACACACACUCUGAGUGAGGCUCGGCGUAGGCAUUGCACACACAGACAGUAAUCAUGUCCAGUGGAGAUAAGUCCAAGACUUCUUCCCAGACCGAUGGGAAGGCUGCCCAGGGCAAGAAGUCUGAGAUGGGAAUGAUGUCCUACAAGAUGUACGUGUUCGACCAGGAGAACUUCCAGGGUCGCAUGAUCGAGAUCAGCAAUGAGUGCAUGAAUGUGUGUGAGAUGGGCAUGGACCGCGUGCGCUCCCUGCGCGUUGAGUGUGGACCCUUCGUUGGCUUUGAGCAGAUGAACUUCUGUGGUGAGAUGUACAUCCUGGAGAAGGGAGAGUAUCCUCGCUGGGACUCUUGGAGCAACUGCCAGAGGAACGACUACCUGCUGUCCUUCAGGCCUGUCAGAAUGGACCCCGAGAAGCACAAGAUCUGCCUGUAUGAGGUUGGAGAGUUCAAGGGCCGCAAGAUGGAGAUCAUGGACGAUGACGUUCCUAGCCUGUUCUCCUAUGGCUUCACCGACAGAGUGGGCAGCAUCAUGGUCAGCUGUGGAACCUGGGUGGGAUACCAGUUCCCUGGAUACCGUGGCAGCCAGUACGUGCUGGAGAAGGGCGAGUACAGGCACUUCAACGAGUAUGGUGCCCGCCAUCCUCAGUUCCAGUCCGUGAGGCGUAUCCGUGACAUGCAGUGGCACCAACAGGGCUGCUACACCAUGGCCAGCAAGUGAGGCUCAGGGAAGGAGAGAAAGAGAAAGAGCGGAAGUGAGGGAGAGGGGCGGAGGAAGAGGGAAAGGGGGAGAGAUGUCUGAGGCCUUACCUCAGUAACUUAAUCGGUCUAUGAUCUAAUACAGUGAGGGGAAGGGUGAGGAUUUAGAUCUACCCCUGAUUGGAGACAACACCUCAGUGGAAGGACCAGCUGGACCCACUCCAUUCCUCUCUGUCUCUACGUUUCUCUUUCUCCCCUAUGGGCUGAGUUUUGCUUUCCCCCCCUUUCUCCCUUUUUUUAGUCCCUCACUUCAUUCCCCUCCACAGUCCUCUAAAACACCAAGAGAACACAAAACCUCUGGUUGUUUUACACACUCAAUUCCUGGCUCAGGGUAUGAUGCACCAUGGGAAACUGAGUCCCUAGAGCCCCCUGUCCCCUGACGUCUUGCCCCUGUGCUUUGCACUCCCUCUCUGCUGUACAGAAUCCUGGCCAAGUUUUCAAUAAAAAGGAAAAUCUUGAUUUCAAA